AGGAGCUCCAGUUGACUCACUAUCUUAUUCACUUGUUAGUCGGAGUCGAUUGGCGUCGCGUAGAAGUAUCUCCGGGGUCGCUUGAGCUUGAUUGUCUGAUGUGAUCAGCGCGUCGCGAGCGUAGUGUGUAAAUAGAUUUGAUUAACAAACAUGAAAAUUUCGGUGCCGUGUUUUCUGCUGUGUGUGACAUUAGCCUCGCUGUGUCUGAAAAAUGGAGAAUCAGCCCGCGUGUUAGGGUUGUUUCCGACCCACGCAAAAUCACAUUUGAUUAUUCAGAUGGAAGUCAUGAAAACCCUUAUUGACAGAGGCCAUAACGUCACCGUAGUUACGACCCUCCCUCUAUCUAAAGGGGGUCGGAACUUUCGCCAUGUCAAACUGCCGGAAAGCCCUUACCCAAAGUGGAUAUACACUAAAAUGAUUGAGGAGCAAAAAGGCUUUUUGCAAGGACUUAUUGAUGGACCGCUCAUCAUGCGAGCUGCAUUAAACGCUUCUGAGACAUCAUUGAUAAACCUGGAAAAGACAGGGUUGCUAAACGAAGAACCAUUUGAUCUCGUGGUAUUCGGGACCUUUUUCAAUGACUUCUUCAUCGGUGUUGCGGCUCAUUUCAAGAGCCCUCUAGUCAUCAUCGAUACACACAGACCGACAAUUCUGACCGAUUCUGUCGUUGGGAAUCCAAGUGAAGUUCUUUACGUACCCACUGGAAUGUCGGCUGAUAGACAACCUUUAACGUUCCUAGGGAGAGUGCGAAAUGUGCUAGCCCAUAUAGCUGGAAGUAUUUUCAUCAAAAUCUAUGUGAGAAACAUGGAUGGUGUCUAUAGAAAGCAUUUCCCGGAGGAUAAGUACCCAUCGCUGAGAGAUGUCUACAAAAAUGUAUCCCUUAUACUCUACCCCAGUCACUUCAGCGAGGGGAUCAUUCGCCCAGAAGUCCCAACUCUGAUUCAAAUUGGCGGAAUACAAGCGAAGCCGAAACCGGACCCACUGCCCAAACAUUUGGCGUCGAUUUUGGAUGGAGCAGCAGAGCAUGGGGUUAUUUUCUUCAGUUUAGGGUCGAAUGCUAAGAGCUCUGAUCGAGAUCCGGAAAGAAUGCGGAAAAUCUUCAAUGUCUUCUCAACCCUGAAACAAAAAGUCAUAUGGAAAUGGGAAAGCGGAGACUACCCUGGAAAUGCUUCCAACAUAUUCUAUGGAGCAUGGCUUCCACAAGACGAUAUUCUGGCGCAUCCUAAUCUUAGACUUUUCGUGUCGCACUGCGGACUAGGAAGUGUAGUGGAGAGCAAAUUUCAUGGUGUUCCAGUAUUAGCGAUCCCACUAUUUGGUGAUCAGUUUUCCAGUGCGAAAGCUAUGGUAGACGAGGGUUUCGCAGUUCAAGUUAGCUAUAAGGAUCUGACGGAGGAAUCUUUGCGAAAUGCGAUAAAGGAAGUUUUAGGAAAUCCUUCCUACCGGGAAAGGAUUCAAGCUUUUUCAAAGUUGUAUCGGGAUAGACCGAUGGCAAUUCGUGAUUUGGCCGCUUAUUGGUUAGAGUAUGUUAUAAGGCACCGCGGGGCGAAGCACAUGCAAAGCCCUGCUGUACAUAUGUGCGCUUUCCAAUAUUAUGGACUAGAUGUGAUGGCAUUUUUACUAGCUAUCUUAUUUGUUCUAUUUAAAAUUUUAUCAUUUUGCUGUCGUAAGGUGUUCUGUAUAUGUAAAAGACAGAAGCAACAAAAGACCAAAGACGAGUAAACUCUCCAACUUGGAACCGCCUUCCGAUGAAAGAUACAGAGUCAAACUGCAAAGCAAACCCAUAAAACCAUCGAAGAGAUGUUUCCUCAUUGACAAAUCUCGAAAGUUCUAAUGGUGAUAUCAAGUUGUUAUUAUGGCCUUGUAUAGGGGCAACUAUCGGUAGUAACUUUUUAACCACAUCGUGUAACAUUCUAGUCAAUAUAAAUUUUUAUUGUUUAUAAAAAUGAAAUUAGAAUAAAAAGUAUUUUGUGGUA